UUUUUCACUAAACUUCAAGUUAGGGAAUUUGAUAGUGAACAAAAACUUUGCGAAAUUGGCUUCCCCGCUAUGGAAUCAGCAAAUUUAUUAAAUUUGGAUGUGGACACUUUGUUCGAACAGCACAGUGUACCGGAAAUCGAUGUGGUUCAUAAAAAAAUUCAGUCUGUUGUUGAAAACAAGCGUGAGGAGCUGCGUCUAAUGGUUGGUGAGCGUUAUCGUGAUUUACUGCAAGCUGCCGAUACUAUUGUCGCUAUGAAAGAUUCCUCAGCACAGCUUAUAGAGCAAGUGGAUUCCAUAACCAGGAAUUGUCGUAAAUUAAACGAACAACAACUAUUGGGUUUUAGAAACAGCGAAGCUGAAGAUUUGCUACGAAAUCGCAAUGCCAAUAAAAAGAUUACCAAUUAUUUUAGUACGAUAGUGCAGAUCAAGCUUUUGACAACAUUGCCUGAAUUAAUUUGGACCCAUAUUGAUGCUGAACACUUCUACACGGCUACUGAAUUGUUUAUCUUCAGUAGACAUAUCAGUACAGGCUUACAGUUGGAUGCAACCAAUUCCCUAAUGCAACAUUUGCCAGUAGCAAAAAAGCAAUGGGAAAUUCUCAAACCGUUCAAUACAACAAUAAAGCAACACGUCUUAACAACUCUAGAAAAGGAAGAUCUAAACGGUGGUGUGGCAUGCGAUUGUUUGCUCAGUUUGUUGUUAUUAGAGAGGAACACAUUAAAUAGCGUUCUAAAAAUCUUUUUAAAUCUCCGUUGCGCGGCUUUUUUGAAUUGCCUCAGUGAAGAUAAAUGGUCCACAAAUGAUAGCCGAAGACGUGUAAAAGAUCGAAUAUUAGCGAGCUUACGCAUUUUAAAUAGUACUAUUGAGCUUAUAGAGAAAUGUUUCCUAGAAAAUGGUUUAUUGCUACAAAGAUUACACGAGUUGAGCGAUGUAAGUGCGCCGCCGACAAUAACAUUAAUACAUCAAAGCGAUGCCCAAUUCUCUUAUCUGUUACCAGAAAUUAUUUCCAACUUUCGACCCAAGACCGAGACACAAGCACUGGAUGAUAAGCAAGUUCGCGACGCCUUGGAGCAGUGGCUCGUGGAUACACGGCGUAUUGCCGGCACUCAACUGAAACAGUUAUUUGAUUACGUUUCAACAAUGAGUACCAUCAAAGAAUUAAAAGCUGAAGCUAAUAACCAGCGAAAAGGCUUAAAUUUUGGCCAAAUUGUUAAAAGACUUCAACUGUCACAAACACUGGAUUUUUAUGAACUGAAAUAUGUACCGUUAAUUAAUCAACGCAUUCAUGACAUUAUCCACGACAGUUGGGCAAAGGCAAUGCAAAAAACAUUCGAAUCGUUAGAACAAGCUUUAACAGAUGUGAACGCGAAUUCUUUCAAUAUUUGGUUGGAAAGUGUGCAGGAUUUGCCCCCAAGUUUGGAAGUAGCUUUAAGUGACGACCUCAAACUGAAAAAGUUGUUGAUGAAAACAAAAGGUUACGAUAAUGAAACAAUUGCACUGUGCGCCGAGUUAGACCGUCAGCUUGAAAGUAUCGUUUCGGAAAUGAAUGUUCUACUUGAAGAGCAGGGAACCAGAGCAGAGGAUAAGCUUGCUCUAAUAGUUUUCUUGAGAGAAACUGCUGAAGCGCAAUUAACGCACUUUCUCAGUCGGGCAAAAAGUCUACAUUUACUUCAAUCCCAACGUUACGAACUUCUAGUUGUAGCACGCUGCUGCUCAGCGUUGGUCGAAAUGUGUCCCAAUUUGAAAGUAUGCUUCUGUCAAAGGGGCAGUUGGCGCCAGUGGGUGGGCAAUGUUGCUGCAAAUAGUGUUGAGCAUUGGAACAGAGUGUGCGCCUUGCUAGAAGAAGAAUCUUUCAUUUUUUGGCAACAAAUUGUCAAUGGCAUUUUGGAAGAGAACAAUUGUGAAAAAAUGCUCUCCAAUGUUAUUACAAAUGAUAAUAUUCUUGAAGAAUUUGCUAAUUGGGAAAACGUUGAACUAGAACAGAGAGAUGAAAACGAAAGCACUAUUCAUUCCACAUUUCGCAUUCCCAAUCAACCACGUAUAUCAUUGCAGUCAUAUCUCUUUACAUUGAUUCGUGUGUUAAACUCAAUUGUGCCACAAACUCUACCAGCGAAAGUUUUACACUACUUCAACCAAAAGAUGUUGACCCAAAUCAUAGGACAGUAUCAGAAAAUUCUAAACGACAAGUUAUCAUGCAAUCAAAACAUCGCUCUGCAAUUGUAUUUCGAUCUAAAAUUCUUGCAAAACAUAUUUGGCGUUAUGCGAGAUGAUCGGCAAUUAAACGAGCAAUUUGGUGCUUUACAAAAUAACUGCAAGGAUUUAAUUGAUCCUUUUGAUUUCGAAUUGUUCGCGGAUCACAUUUCAAUCAAUGUCAAAAAAUCCGUAGCCAGAUUUAAUUGCCAAUUCGGUGUGCUGACGCAAGUUCUGCCAGCGAAUUUUACUACUACUGCUUCAACAUUGCUGGUGCAUGAGAAGGAUCCGAAUGUGCUCUCCUUAAGCUCUAUUGGCUCAACAGCUGUGUGGUUCCCACUAUUACCUAUCGUUACACCAACACCUGCCGGACACUCUGAACGUAAAAGCAAUGCUAUCAACAGUGAGAAGAUGUCGCCUGCACGCAAAGCAACUGCAUCAACAGCUUCUUCGAUUACUCAAGGUGGUAAGCUCAAAAGUGAGUCUAAAUCCAAAUCGGGUGCUGCUUCUUUUUUCGGUGCCAUGUCACAGGAUUGGUUUCGCUAAAUGAGCUGCUCCAGCGUUAGUUUUAUCCGAAAAAGGAGUAUUUUCAGUUAUCUAAACGCGUAUAUGUGUUAAACCACUGUUUGCUUGUAUUAAAUAAACACAUCUACUUAUACAUGUACAUAUAAGUUUAACCUAUAUUUAGUCAAAAUACUUAUAGUAUGUUUGAAAAUCAAUAUCGCUAUGAAAUAGUAUAUUUUAUUACUUGUAAGUUAUCAUUUUUAUGAAUGUUUUACGUACAUACACAUGUACAUAUGUACAAUCAAACUCAAUUUCUUCAUAAACAUUGCACAUUUUGUUUAUAUACCACAUUAGGAAAUAUAAAAGAAAAUUUAUGAAAA